AUGGCGCGCCGCGUUGCCCCCAGAAUGCCACUGGGCGAGCUCAACCCCACUACAUACUACACGAAAGAUAGAAGAGGAGAGACUGACAAUUCGCUCAACAAAGUAGCACUCGCCGCCACCUUACCGACCGAGUCGACAUACAACAUACAGUCAAAGGCAACGCACAUGUUCAUCGAGGAGAUUUCAGCCCUCAUCUCGCCACUCCUCCGAGAAGCACAAGAACCUACAUCACACAACAGGAAACCGCGACAAAUCUUCGAUCCCUUUGCUCGAGAUUUUUUGUUGAGCGCUCCAGAGAGAACCAUCAAGCUACUCGCCCAGCUCUGCGUCUCGCCACCACUACCAUCAUCCGAGAACAAGAAGGCGGGAAUAUUCGAUCUGCCCGCGGAGAUCCGUCUACAAAUCUACAACGAGUGUUUCGAGCAGCGCUGGGAGGACUAUCGCACGACGCAGCAGCGCACAAGCAAGCACGAUUAUCUUCCGCCACCUCUUUCGACUUCAGCAUGGAAAGACGCUGUUGCUGCUGCUACGGAGCCGCUUGAGCCGGCUAUUUUGCGUGUCAACAAGUUGGUUAGACAGGAGGGUUUGGGAGAAUAUGGCAAGUUCUUGGAGAAAGAAGUCAUCAUUUUGAGAGUCAAGGAACGAGAGCUGAAGAAGAAAGUUCGGGAGGAGAGGAAGCAUUUGGCACAUCUUUGGGCAGGACAGAGCUCGUACAUGGGCGUGAGAAUGUUGGAUUCGCAUGCGGAGAAGGUCGGCGUGCGUGAGGCGAGGGUGGGAAUGGAGAGGGAGAUGGGGAGGCUGGAGAGGACGGGGUGGUUGGAAAUGAAGUGA